AUGCCUGCUGCAAUCAAUUUCUCGGUAUACGACUGGAGUGGCAUGUACCGAAACUGGCCUCGCGAAAUCACUGUUGAAGGAAGCUCACCCGUGCCAAACUUAGUUGCCAUCCUGCGACUGGAAGUCGUGGCUCGUCCUGUGAUAAUGGGAGUUUCAUCAAUCGCCGCGUUCGUUCGUCAACGCGUUUACCAGUCGGAAUUCCAGCCGGCGCUUCGUGAAGGAUGCCGAGGUUUCAUCCACUCAAUGGGCGAUCACCAUCAACCUCCUGGCGAGGAUGAUGAGAAGAAGAAGAUGGCAUCCCCUCUGGCAAUGGGAUGGAUGGUUGAGGAGAUUAUGGGUCAGAGCGAGGGCGAGGAUAAGUGCCCGGAAGAAGGUUCCGGACGUGUUGACGACGAGAUCCCAAUCUUCUUCGGUCUGGGGCAUGGCAUCGGAUCGGACCGGAUUGGACCAAAGCAAGGCUUGGUUUGGGGAGCCGGGCGAAUGAUUCAUCCUCGUGACGAUGAUGGUAGGAAGAAAGGUACUGUUAAGAAUAGCAAAUUAAUUGGUGCAACCAGGCUAGUGGCACAUGGUUCCACGGCCAAGGCAAUCAAUCAAUCGCUUGAGGUGGUGGCUAAGGCGGAUGGGAAGUAG